AUGGGCUUUGUGAUUGGGGCGAACUCCAUAAGUAUAGCCGAACGGCUAUACAAAAGUAAGAAGCGCAAAGAGAUUUGCCCUUACGGAAACUACAAACACUACUACGGCUAUCGAAUUGGUCAAGAACUGGAGGAAGAUCCUAGAUUGAAGGUUUUCAAGAAGGAAUGGUUCCAAGGCAAGGAUUGUCUCGACAUUGGCUGCAAUUCUGGAAUUAUGACCAUUCAAAUUGCCAAAAAAUUCUGCUGCCAGAGCAUUCUUGGAGUUGACAUUGACGCCAAUCAAAUUCAGGAUGCAUACUGGCACAUCAGGAAAUUUUUGAAAAUGGAGGAUGCUAGAAAGGUGCCUGGAAAGUCUUCUAAGUUGGAGGAUGCAAAUGGUUCAGAGAGCAGUAUCAAAGGUUCAUUAAAGGAAGAGAGGAAGGAGAUCCCAAGGAAUUGUUGUGCUGAGGAGAAAAAUCGGCUUGACAUAGUAUCUUUCCAAAAAGAAGAUUUUGUUAAUACUCGUGAUCCACCAAAGAAGCAUUAUGAUACCAUUAUUUGUUUGAGUGUAACAAAAUGGAUUCAUUUGAAUUGGGGUGAUGAUGGAUUGAUUGCAUUAUUUACAAAGGUUUGGAGGCUACUAAAUCCGGGUGGAAUUUUUGUGUUGGAACCUCAACCUUGGAAGUCAUAUGAAAAUAAUUACAAAGUUUCUGAGACAACCAGAACCAAUUAUAAAAAUCUUAAGUUCCAUCCGGAAUAUUUUCAAGACUUACUUCUGGACAAGAUUGGAUUUAAAACAGUGGAGAAUGUCACUUCCGGCGUGUCGGGCAGCAAAACUGGAUUCAACAGACCAAUUUUAGUGUUCCGCAAAUGA